AUGAAGUACACUUCUGCCCUCCUGGCCUUGGCUGCCACCGCCAUCGCCACCGGCGACGACCAUGACCAUGACCACGGCAAGGACAAGACGAAGACGAUCACGACGGUGACCGAGACAACAAUUACAACUUUGUGUCCUACGACCAAGACCCACUACGGUCCCGGAACUACAUACUAUGAAACCGAGACCGUGACUUCAACCAUCGUCACAAAGGUCCCGACUGUGAUCAUCGAGACCGUACCCGGCCCUACCGACUACGCCACCGAGACCGACGUUGAUUACGUUACAAUAACUUCUCUUUGUCCAGUUACAAAAACGAUCACCGAGGAGGGACAAACUCACACCAUCACCACGACUGAGCUCUCGACAAUUGUUACGAAGAUCCCUACCAAGGUCUACGAGACUGUUCCCGGUCCUACUGCCGUCGUCACCGCCACUGACAAGGAAUUAACUACAAUAACCUCUUACUGUCCAAUCACCAAGACCAUCACUGAGGAAGGACACACUUACACCAUCACCACCACCGAGCUCUCCACGAUCGUCACCGAGGUUCCUACCAAGGUCUACGAGACUGAGAAGCUUCCUGACGUGACCAAGACCGCUCACGAAAUUGACUACACCACAAUAACUAGCUUGUGUCCAGUGACUGAGACCAAGGUUAUUGAUGGGCACACCCAGACGAUCGUCUACACUACCACGAGCACCAUUGUGACCAAGGCUCAGACCACGGUCGACGUCUACACCACUCUCAAGACGACCAAGCAUGUUGAGACCGAGGUGUACGAGACAAUCACCAAGCCCGAGACCACCUACAAGACCAUUGAGCACGGCGAGACCAUCUGGGUGACCAGCACGGACACCAAGAAGAUCUACGUCACGGCCGUGAAGACCAUCACUGAAGUCUAUCCCGAGACCAAGACGAAGCACGUUGAUGUCACGAUUCCCGUCACAGUCGGCGGCGAGUCCGUUGUCACUCAAAAGUCCUGGGUCUAUGUCACUGUCUCCGGCACUGUCCACCAGACUCUGACUCAGGCCCCCUCAACUGUCGUCGUUCCGACCACCAGCGCCGUCACCCUUCCAGGAACUACCGUCGCGUCUACUGCGCCCGUGGUUGUUCCGACGGCUGCUGCCAACGCCCAGAAGGCCCCCGCCGCGGCCUUCUUGGCUGGUCUCUUCGGCGCCGUUGCUCUGCUCUGA